AUGAGUUCGCCUUCAGUCCAAGUCCAACCCUCCGGCGCCACAGGCAACUCCGCCCCAGGCACAGCAUCGAAUUUUGACAUUGUGCGCUGUUCGCGUUGCCAGCGAUCGAUGAGUCUGGAGAAAGACGAAAAAACACCUGGUGUGGUCCGAUUCGGCAUGAAUUCCUACUAUUGCAGUCGUUGCGCCUCCAUGGUCGGCUAUCCCCGUUAA